GGAACAUCAAGAUGGCGGCCGACACGAGUGAAAGUACUGCUGAAAAACUAACGUUUACGUGCGCAUCAUGUGGUUUUGAAUGUAAUUAUGAAUAUUUUGGGAAAAAGCCGCCUUUCUCCAAAUCAGUGGUACUUCUGGAAGAUGCAUUUGUUAUUCGAGAUCCUUUCUCACCAAAUGCUGGGCAUUUAACAUUAGGUGGACGGUGCUGCUUGUGUACAAGACACAUUUGCAUUUCACAGACAUGCAGUAUUUUCUACACUGAGCGGUUCUGUAUUUCGUGUGUUCAGAAAAACAAAGAAGAAUUUCCAGAUGAAAUACUCAAGGAUCUGCAAAAGAAAGAUUCCUCUUGUAGCUAGAGAACAUUCAAUGGAAAGCAAUGGGAGGAGAGACUGGUUGUCAAACACAGAGCGCAAACCGGAUGGAAGGGAAAGAAAAACGAAAUGCCUGAGAAAUUAGGGAGAAGGUGGAAAAAAGGCAGCUUCUGAGAGGAAAAAAAACCUGUACUUAACCCCUAACAUACUAACAUCAGUAUGCAUAUUCUCCAUGCUGUUCUCUAGACAUUUCCUUAGGUGCUGUCCUGGAGAAUUUGUUUAGUAACCAUGUGCUUCUUUUGUUAGUGAUCAUUUCCUUUAUUCUCGUGACCUUAAUGUGUGACUCAGGGCUGAUAUUGUUGGGAGAAAAUAGAUGUUAGUCACUCCUAGGGGUCAAAGGUUAAAGGGAAGAAGUAGUGGUAGUAGUAAGUGAUUCCUUACAGAUCUUUGCGUAUCACAAGCUACGGUGUAAUCUAUGUGAUGUUCUCGCACGUCUAAGAUAAAUCUGAAGUAUUGCAUAUUUUAGUUCAAUGCCGGCCAUAAAUUUGUGUCGCCUUUUACUUAUCAGUUCCCUUGAUUCUGAGGGAUUGGAAAAUCAUGAGGUGGUUUUUAAAAGACAGAGUUGAACUUUGUCACCGGUCGUGCAAAAAUAAUAUUUCAGCUAUCUGCAUUUUUAGUGAGUCUUGAGUACACGAUCAAGGAUUGAAAGUAAUGUUCCAGUUUGUCAUACACUGACAAAAUAUUCUUUCUAACAAGUUCACUGAAUUACAUGAACUAAUUUUACAACCAUCAGGGUAGGAAACUGCCUUUAGAGAUUAUUCUACCUUAUUAAAACACUGCAUUACCCCAAGGUGGGACCGUUGGUGUCAGGGACCGACACCAAGACUUGUGUACAGCGGUCACAUGGCAAAUUGUAACUUUUAUAUUGCCGUGUUGUCGCAUCAGUCAGUUUAGCCAAUUUUUUUGGGCUUAAGAGCUUUUGUUUUUCAAAGGGAGUGUGAAGCACGUAACAUUGUUGUGUUUGUUUGAUGAUAGAGAAUAUGGCGUGCUGUAUGUAAGAAGUAAUUGCUCAAAUAAACCAGCCCUGCUCUAAGUGUAUUGGUCUUUAAUCAACACAAUAUAACCGAAGGAGCGGAAAG